AUGGAAAAUGAGAACUCAGCUGCGUUUAUCGAAUACAAUCAGCCGUUGCUGGGAAAUAGCCUUGGAGUACAUCGUGGCCUGCAGGCUGCCUUUCGGUCAGGAUUUACGAAAAGGAGAGGCAUUCAAGAUUCAGGAGCACAGACUCUUCGAAAUUGCUGGCUGGAAAUACAGAACGAGAACAAACGCUUGCCGAGGACUGAUGUCGAGAAAUCCAAUGCCAAGGAGUCUUAUCCUGAGUCAAGUGCCUCAAAUGGCCUUGAACGGCCUAGUUCACUACGUUGUGGCAUCACUCCCAGGAUCUCGAACAGCAAGGAAUACAUUGUCAAGAAUCGUGGGGAAGUGAGAUUCACAAUGCCGAGGCAUCACCGUCCCGAGUUCAUACUGAGAUGCUCAGAUCCUGGGGAAUACCUGGUCUGUCAUGAAGUGAUUCUGGGGAAACAUCAUCAACGGGGAGAUCCGGAGCCGUGUGGAGGUGAGAAAACGGCGCUUGAUCUCCGCGUGGCUGACUCCCGCGGCCGCCGCGAUGGCUUCAUCAACUCACUUUGCCUGGAGAAGGUAUCCGGAAUGUUCAACUACCGGGGACUAAGCCGGGCGCUACGGCGUUGA